AUGAAGUCCUACCCACCUCCUCGACUCUUCCGGAUUCCGGAGCUGGCAAUCCUCGUCGCAUCACACCUCACCAGGGGAGACAUCUCGCGUCUCAUGCGGACCAGUCGACAGAUGUACCACACGAUGGCCCCGAUCUUCUUCCACAACCUGAGCACGUCCUUUCACUUCAAACGAGAUGACAGCGGCGUCCUUCUCGAAAACUCCCGGGGACUGGAGGCUCUGGCGAGAAACGCCCAGCAUGUGAGGGAGUGGGACACCGGCAUCCUCUUCUUCAACUACUACUACCACGCCUCCGCCCCCUUCCGCACUAGCAACAACGACAGCAUAGCACCAACAGCGGUUCUACGCGCAGCUCCCCAAAAACCACUGUCAGGGUUAGUCCAGCUAUUCGCGCCACGUCGCCCCGACGACGUCUACGAAUUAAUUGCCCUACCUCAGAUGACGUGGUUAACUAGGAUUGACCUAAAUCUCAUUUGGAACCCGAGGGAGUGCAACUGUCGUUACCCUUUCCCCGACUACCUCAACGCUAGCACGACGCUCUUUCGAAUUUGCGAGAUUCUCCGACUCUUGCCACGGCUUUGCCAACUGGACAUAUGUGGACUCGUAAUCAAGGACUCUGGAAGCGCACGACUUUUUACAUUGACACUGUUGAAGAUGACUCAACUGAGACGACUGAACAUCACUCUUUCACGUCUGUGGACCUAUUCUGGAAUCAGGACCUUGCUCUUCGACAACCUUCCACCGUCAAUCGAGCGACUAUACAUUGGGGGAACAAACUCCUGCGUGCUGGCGGGUGAUAGCGGACUGGAGGCCGACAACUCCGAUAACAGGGCAAUGGAGGCUGCUCAAGACCCAGUAAUGAGCACAACUAAGCUGGCCAACCUUCAAGACUUGGCGUUGGAUGAUUGGCAGGAAAGCACCACCAAGGAGCAGUUUCUUUCGCUGUUUGCGCGUUGCCCUGGAUUGAAGACGUUGAAGUUGAAACAGCCGUCUGCUCCUUCUGGGGUGGAUGGGGCCGAUAUUGGCAGGGUCUGUCCCGACCUCCGAGAUAUCACCUUUGACGGAUCACGCGACAUGGAUGGCAACGACAAGUGGCUCUUCGAGGUCAUGGAGUCUCUGCCGGAGAAUCAGAUGGAGAGCCUGGAGUUUCAAUCGGCAUCUCGCUGCCGUUUGGACGAUGUUACUGCAGUAAGGACUCUCCUACGACAUUCCGGUUCUCUUUGGCAGAUCAAGAUCAUCUCGCCGGUUGCCAGCUCGGCUGUGCGGAUGAUAUUGGAGAUGUGCACGGCUCUGGAGGUCUUGCAGAUUUCUCAUUCUACGGUUGACCUUUGCGACGCGAUUGCUUCUCCCUGGGCAUGCACCAAGAUGACCAGCUUGACACUGUCUAUCAAGAUAUCCCCAUCAUCUUCUCCUCCAGGGACCGAGUUUGUCCCCUCCUACCUCCAGAACCCGUCAACUCCACUUUCAGCAGCUGAGAAGGACAUUUUCACCCAGCUAGAGGUGUUUUAUCAACAAAUCGGGAAACUGACGGGAUUGCGACAUCUCAACAUUGGUAGAGCGGAAUACAGUGAGCAUGGAUUGGUUGUCGGCCGUUCCCCCUUGCGCGACAGACCGCUACCCGGAAUGCUGAUUUUGCCCACCAAUAGGGCUGAUCGACCUGGUUUUCUGGACGUGUUGGGAGGAUUGAGUAAGCUUGAGACGGUUGGCGGGGCUAUCUUUCCAGAGACAGUGGACGGAAAGAUGCCCGAGUUCACCAUUUCCGACAACGAUCGCUCCGUUCUCAUGUCGGACACUUCCCUCUCCUCGCUUUCAUUGGAGAUCGUUCAGCUCAUCGCUGACCGCCUGAACCAACACUCUCUCUACCAAUGCAGUCUUGUCUGCCAUCCCUGGCAUUCCGCCUUUGAAUCAUCCUUCUGGCGAUCAGUCCAGCUCUUGUCAUACAUCCGUUUCGAAAACCCCUCUCCUUCUCUGGAAGCACUCACCCGCAACCUACACCACAUCCGCCAAUUGGCAACUUCUGACCCGACACUUAUCCACCACCUUGCCUUCCACCAAUCUGCGCUCAGCCAACUUCAAUUUUUGAAACUGUACCUCUUUGGCAACAAGUCCUCUUUCUUCACUACAGAAUCACCCGAAGUAGAUAUGGCACGAGGGAACAACACAAAGGCGAUAAGCAGGAUUCUGGAAGGAUGCCACAAUCUGCAGGUCCUGAAUCUUUGGAUCACAGACUGGUUCCAACAAGAGGGCAAGGCCGUCGGCUUCCAAGAGAUUAUGUCCGCCUGUCCUACAGGAUCGCUCGAGUCGAUCAUACUUACCUUUGAGACGCGAGAUCCUAUCCAUUUCCCGCAAGAUCCAUCACAGUCGGUCCGGGAGUAUCAAUCGGACGUCGUCGACCAACAGAAACGCCUUCUGCCUUUUAUUGCCUUGCAGAACGUACUCAUCAAUGCCGGCAAUUAUCUCAUGCAUCCGUCUAAAUUGGCCUUCUUGGCUCGAUGUCCCAACCUGGUGAAGCUUGAACUCGAGUCGUCGAACGAGUGCGUGUUGAUGGACUUGGCGGACUUGCUUCAAGCGUUCUGCCCCAACCUGGUCGAUUUGGUCUGGAGCAGCUAUAGAGGUUACAAGGACGAGUACACAGCUGCGGUGUUGAGGUCCAGUCGGCUGGGAUGGAGAGUUCUGUCGCCCUGUCAUGGAAGCUUUGGUCCUUUAUCCUACGAGGCGGUAGUGAGGAGUGGUGAGACCUUGGAGGAAUUGGACAUGAUAGUAUGCGGGAGCGGUUCUGGUGAAGCUCAUCGGAGUUUUUUCUUGGACCUGUUCUGCAUUGCCAGGAAUCUUCGAAUGCUUAUCGGACUUGAGGAUGAGUUGCGGCAUCUUCAUGAGAUUGCGGCCGAGGUGCAUGCUGAGAUGGCGUUCAAUCAGCAUAUCGAAAGUGGGGGUGGUCGGACGUGGGUGUUGGGUCCUAUGAUGAAGUACAUGCAGAUGCAAGUCGUUGGUGUUCCUCGACCGGAUGUGGUGUGCCGAGUCAAUGGAACACCUUUGAGGCCAUGGAUGGUCGAGCAGCUUGACGACAGUCGCCGAUAUGAGGUUCAAAGGUGGAUCUAUGAGCAGCUGGGGAGGAUGACGGGGCUUGAGGAGCUUGUCCUAGGGAUGAUUGACAUUUGUCUCGAUGAUGUGGGGGAUUAUAUGCCUGAAGAGGAUGACGGAGAUGCGGAGCUAUCUCUUACGGAAUUAGAGGAUGGUAUGGAGGAGGAUGGUUGGCUGAAUAGGUUGAUCAACUACCAGAGUUUGGAGUUUUCCCUGGAGAGUGGGUUGGAGCUGUUGGGGGGGAUGAAGAUGAUGAGGUCGCUAGAUGUCAAGGCUACAACUCAUCGGAUAGGUGUUGCAGAGUUGGAAUGGAUGCAUGUGCAUUGGCCCAAGCUGAAGGAGAUCAAGGGAUUGAUCACCGAGAGGAAGUGGGCAGGGGAUGCUGAAGAGGGAAUCAAGGUUAAGCAAGAUGUCGAGGCUUGGAUGACUGCUCACCCCCAUGAGAUUGGAGGUGGCUCAGGAUCGAGAGUGCGGAGGGGUCUUGGACGGAACGAUACCCUAGAUCUGUUUGAGUUGUGCGAAAAGGCUAAGGCGGCGCAUGAUAUUCAUUCAUUCAACUACUUUGUCGAUGGAGUUAUCGUUGAAGAGCGGGUUGGAUUUGCUGGAGAGGUUGAAGGAACUGAGGGUGUUAUAUGUACGGAGGACGGCGCAUAA